AUGGUAUUAGUGUCAGCUAUGGCAGAGGUUGAACUUAAGAAAGAAGAAACGGCAAACAUUUCACUAGAAUUCGGCACCAACGGUUGCAAUACUUCGUUGCUUGAACGCUUUUUGAUUCAACUAAUAUCCGAAAAUAAAUGCAACUACACUGCAAUUUUAGCCUACAUUAGCUGUAUAUUAUCAAUUGCAUUGAACUUUAGUAUAUUCGUUAUUAUUGUGUCGGAUAAGACAUUGCGGAAGAAGGGAAAUAACGUUUUUACCGGUUCGUUGGCGCUCUCUGAUAGUUUCUUUUCGGUUGCUGUCAUUGUAUUGGUUUCAAUUUCCAAACCAGGAAGAGAUGAGGUCUUCCUUUACACGUUCACUGCCUGCUUAACUUUCGCUAUCAUCUCAAUUCAAACGAUUGGUGUUGUUGCUAUAGAGAGACUUCUGGUAAUCGUUAUUUUUCCUUUUAGGCGCAUAAACACGCCAAAGAAAAUGUUACUUGUUUGCUUCUGUAUCUGGGGAUUCACUAUCUCUUUCUCAUCAGUUUUACUUAUUGCACAUAAACAUGACGAACUUGGAUUUAUAAUGUCAGUCUGGGACGUGGUCAUCUUGGUUAAUGUGUAUGUGUCAUAUGCGUUGAUAUACUGGUCUGUGAAAAAUCACGAGAAGAAGGUAAGCGAUCACAGAACGCAGGAAAUCAACAUCUCGAAAAAGCUGCUCAAGACGUUUUUGAUCAUCUGCGUCACUUGCACUGUUUGUUGGAUGCCUAUCAUUACACUCACCAUCUUAGAACACUUUGGAAAAAUUGACUGUAACAAAAAUGCUUACACUCAUAUAUUUAUUAUUAGCUUCAAUCUUGCUUUAGCUUAUUCUAUUGCUAACCCUAUAGUGUAUGGUUUCAGAAUCCACGAACUACGAAAUGCUAUCGGCGAACGUUUCACCAGUUUGUGGACUUUGAGUGUUCGUCAAUAG